GCUGCCCUGCUCUUAGCCCCCCGGUUAAUAGCUCUCUAGCUUUAUAUUAUCUAAUUAUUAUUACUAUUAUUAUUAUAUAUUAUUUUUCUUUUUUCUUUUUUUCCUUUUUCUUGUUUUUUCUGUAAUUUUUGUGUUUUUCAUAGUAAAUUUCCAUAGGAUUAGGAAGCCAAAAAUCCCCACGAAAAAGAGAAUCACAAUUGGUUCUUGCUCGCAAUAAUUUUAUAGAAUACUAAAAUAAAGCUAGGAAAAAAAAAAAAGAAUUAUUUUUUUUUUUGGGAAUUGUUUCUUAGCUUUUCAUUGUGAAUUUUUGUUGUAUUUUGGUUUUUGAGUAAUUUAAUCGGCCUCAUCUGGUAAAAAUAGAAAGAAAAUAAUAAUAAUAAUAAUAAUAAUAGUGUUUUUGUUGAAUUUUGAUCUCUAGGGUUUUUGGGGUUCUCAGAAUUUGUUUGUAAAUUAUGGACAAAAAGAAGGUAGUUGUACCACUUGUAUGCCAUGGUCAUUCUCGGCCAGUCGUCGAUUUGUUCUACAGCCCAAUCACGCCGGAUGGGUUUUUCCUCAUCAGUGCCAGCAAAGAUUCCAGUCCAAUGUUGAGAAAUGGGGAGACUGGAGAUUGGAUUGGGACAUUUGAAGGACAUAAAGGUGCUGUAUGGAGUUGCAGCCUGGAUUCUAAUGCCUUACGUGCCGCAUCUGGCUCUGCAGAUUUUUCGGCAAAAUUAUGGGAUGCAUUGACUGGGGAUGAAUUACAUUCUUUUGAGCACAAACACAUAGUUCGAGCUUGUGCCUUUUCAGAGGAUACCAACCUUCUACUCACUGGUGGAGUUGAGAAAAUACUUCGUAUCUUUGAUUUGAAUCGUCCCGAUGCACCACCAAGAGAAGUUGACAAUUCUCCCAGUUCAAUUAGAACUGUUGCAUGGCUUCACAGUGAUCAGACAAUAUUAAGUUCUUGUACAGAUAUUGGUGGUGUGAGAUUAUGGGAUGUGCGAAGUGGAAAAAUUGUUCAAACACUUGAGACCAAGUCACCUGUAACAAGCGCUGAAGUGAGCCAGGAUGGUCGUUAUAUAACUACAGCAGAUGGUUCUACUGUUAAGUUUUGGGAUGCAAAUCAUUUUGGAUUGGUUAAGAGCUAUAACAUGCCUUGCAAUGUUGAGUCAGCCUCAUUGGAACCAAAAUUUGGCAACAAGUUCAUUGCUGGUGGAGAAGAUAUGUGGGUUCACCUUUUUGAUUUUCAUACAGGAGAAGAAAUUGGAUGCAACAAGGGCCACCAUGGUCCUGUCCAUUGUGUUCGGUUUUCACCUGGAGGGGAAUCCUAUGCAUCUGGAUCUGAAGAUGGAACCGUUAGAAUAUGGCAGACAGGCCCUGCAAACAAUGAUGAAAAUGAUACACAAAAUUCUGGGAAUGGGCCAACGGGUAAAGUCAAGGUUGCUGCCGAUGAGGUCACACGUAAAAUCGAGGGCUUUCAUAUUGGCAAAGAAGGAAAAAGUGGAGAGAAAGAUAAAGCAGCAGAUGCAUAACUGGCCUUGAGAUUGUGUUGCAGCGACUGUUUUAACUUCAACUUUGUGUUAUGUGGCUAUAGGCGAGAAAGAAAAAAUGUAGGCCGUUUAAUCAUGUAGCAUUGUUAUAUCAAUUAUAUUAACUAAUUUAUGUUAACAAUAUGUUUUAAUUAAGUUUACUUUUCUUGUGUUA